CGGCGCUCGGCUGGGGCGGCCUGGCCCACAAUGAAUGGCCGCCGCGGCUGCCGCUGCUGCUGAAGCGGAGGCCGCGGAGGCCGCGGAGGCGGACGCCGAGGCCCCGGCGCAGGGGGGCGCGCCCCGGGCCCAGGCCCGGCCCCAGCCGCCGCUGCGGAGCUCGCCGGGAGCCCCCGGAGCGCGGCCACGGCGCAGCCGCCGCCGCCAUGGCCCAGACCCUGCAGAUGGAGAUCCCGAACUUCGGCAACAGCAUUCUGGAGUGCCUCAACGAGCAGCGGCUGCAGGGCCUGUACUGUGAUGUCUCAGUGGUGGUCAAGGGCCAUGCCUUCAAGGCCCACCGGGCCGUGCUGGCCGCCAGCAGCUCCUACUUCCGGGACCUGUUCAACAGCAGCCGGAGUGCGGUGGUGGAGCUGCCGGCAGCUGUGCAGCCCCAGUCCUUCCAGCAGAUCCUCAGCUUCUGCUACACGGGCCGGCUGAGCAUGAACAUGGGUGACCAGUUCCUGCUCAUGUACACAGCGGGCUUCCUGCAGAUCCAGGAGAUCAUGGAGAAGGGCACAGAGUUCUUCCUCAAGGUGAGCUCCCCCAGCUGUGACUCCCAGGGCCUGCACGCCGAGGAGGCCCCCUCGUCCGAGCCCCAGAGCCCUGUGGCGCAGACGUCGAGCUGGCCGGCCUGCGGCACCCCACUGCCCCUCGUGUCUCGCGUCAAGACAGAGCAGCAGGAGUCGGACUCUGUGCAGUGCACGCCCGUGGCCAAGCGGCUGUGGGACAGCAGCCAGAAGGAGGCCGGCGGUGGCAGCAGUGGCAACGGCAGCCGCAAGAUGGCCAAGUUCUCCACGCCGGACCUGGCCGCCAACCGGCCGCCCCAGCAGGCCCCGGUGGUGGCGGCGGCACAGCCCACCGGAGUGGCGGGGGGGCCCGGGGCCGGGCAGCCGGCGGGCGGCGUGGCAGCAGCGGCAGGCGGAGUGGUGAGUGGGCCCAGCACGUCGGAGCGGACCAGCCCGGGCACCUCAAGCGCUUACACCAGCGACAGCCCCGGCUCUUACCACGAGGAAGAUGAGGAGGAGGACGCGGGCGAGGAGGGCACAGACGAGCAGUACCGGCAGAUCUGCAAUAUGUACACCAUGUACAGCAUGAUGAACGUCGGCCAGACCGCCGAGAAGGUGGAGGCCCUCCCUGAGCAGGUGGCUCCCGAGUCCCGGAAUCGCAUCCGAGUGCGGCAAGACCUGGCGUCUCUCCCUGCUGAGCUCAUCAACCAGAUCGGCAACCGUUGCCACCCCAAGCUCUACGAUGAGGGUGACCCCUCUGAGAAGCUGGAGCUGGUAACAGGCACCAACGUGUAUAUCACCAGGGCGCAGCUCAUGAACUGCCACGUCAGCGCGGGCACGCGGCACAAGGUCCUGCUGCGGCGCCUCCUGGCCUCCUUCUUUGACCGGAACACGCUGGCCAAUAGCUGUGGCACCGGCAUCCGCUCUUCCAGUAACAACCCCAGCCGCAAACCGCUGGAUAGCCGCGUCCUGCACGCUGUCAAGUACUACUGCCAGAACUUUGCUCCGAACUUCAAGGAGAGCGAGAUGAACGCCAUCGCAGCCGACAUGUGCACCAAUGCCCGCCGCGUUGUGAGGAAGAGCUGGAUCCCCAAGGUCAAGCCGCUUAUGGCCGAGGGUGACGCCUACACCACCUUCAUCAGCUACACGGGCAAGAUAGAGCCGGACAUGAUGGGUGUGGAGCACGGCUUCGAGACGGCCAGCCAUGACGGCGAGGCCGGCCCCUCGGCCGAGGAGGCCCUCCAGUAACCCCCACCGGACCCUCCCGCGGGGCCGUCACACUCCCCCUCCUGUCACACCCGCCCGGCAUCUUGGUCACGAGCUACUGUCUGUCCUUCCCCAGGACCCGCGGGGGGCACUGCAUGCUCCUGGCCCCUCUGCCUCCCCGUCCCACCCCCUGACCCCAAUCCGAUCAGGGAUCCGGGCUGGGAGGGGACGGCAGGUGGUGCGAGGUCUGCGUUGCCUUCUCUAGCACACACUCGUGCACAGUCGGGGGGCUCUUGCUCCCCCUCUCCUAACCCCUAGCAACUGUCUCCCCACUCACCAGGCCAGGCACAGGGAGGGGCUGGCCUGGGGGGCUUGGGAAGACCCCCUUCCCAGGCGCUGGGCCACCUAGCCGGAGCAUUCCUCAGCCUCCGCCCCCCACUGCAGCCCCUUGGGGACUCACAGGGGCCCCGGGUUCUCAGGACCCCUCCCGCCACCACCUCCCAGUGCUUCCACGUUUCCGAAAGCGCCUUCCUGUCUCCCUUGUCUGUCCCUGCGCCUGGGGGCUGGGGUAGGCGAGGCCGUGAGGACUGCCCGUUUUACAGCUGAGGAAACUGAGGCUCAGAGAAACUCCAUGACCGACCUAAGGUGGCGGGCGGUGGCAGGCCCAGCGCCCUUCUCUUCCCCCACCUGUGCUCAGCCUCUCUUGCUGCCACCAGCCCCCUGGGGCCUGAGAGGGGCAAGUCCUGAGAGGGGGCCCUUGGGGGCAGACCGAGGGUCUCUGAGAGUAGGAGAGGUUUCCGGGGAUCGCAGAAGCGUGUGGGUGUGCGUGUGUGUGUGUGCGCGUGCGUGUGUAGAAGUUUUGCUUUUAAACGAAGAUGUGAGAGGCAGUAGGACCAGGGGUGGAACCCAGGGGAGCAGGCUGGGGGGUGCUGCUGCCUUUCCCUCUCUUCCCCCACCCCCACCCCCCACGGCAGGGCUCCCAGCCCCCACCCCCUGUACAUACUUUUUAAAACAUUUUUUUAGCUAAUGAAAUAUUGAAGUAUAAGAUUCCUUUUAUUUUUCAAACCAACGGGACCGUGUCUGAUGUCCCCUUCGGUCCUCGGGGCUGUGGAAGGCAGGACGGAGUGGGGAGCCAGGGGCAGGCUGAAUGUGCGCGUGUGUGUGGAGUGGGGGCGCGCGUUGCCGAGGGGGGGCCCCCCAGGCCCCGCUCUGCCUGGGCUCCCGUGGGUCUGGCCAGCUCACACUCAACCCCAGGGCCUCCCCCCAAGGGCUACAUUGCAAGGGUGUCCCUGGUUUGUCCAGUUGGCUGAGUCCAGCUCCUGGCAGGGCCGGGUCCGCUUCAUGGUUAAAGAUUGUUUGCAGAAUCUUCUUUUACCAUUCCUCUCUUUCUAUCCUUGGCCUAGCUCCACGAGUGGUUUUGUGGUUUUUUUUUUUUUUUGAGUUCUACAUGUAAACUCGGAGGGUUCUUUUUGUUUUUUUAACUCUCCCCCCCCCCCCG